AUGAAUAAAGGAGGCAUAGGAGGAGCUGGUGUCGGUGGUGGCGGUCCAACGGCUGCGGCUGCAGUUGCUGCCGCUCAGAAACAGAAGACUUUGUUACAGCGAGUUGAUGGUGACAUUGGGAACAUAGUUGACAAUUUCAGUUUCCUAGUUAAUGUAGCAAGGGUCAAUGAUCCACCUGUUAGAAAUUCCCAAGAAGCUUUCAUGAUGGAAAUGCGAGCAGCAAGGAUGGUGAAUGCCGCAGACUCGCUGCUUAAGUUGGUGUCGGAAUUGAAGCAGACUGCAAUCUUUUCAGGAUUUGCUUCCUUGACGGAUCAUGUAGACCAGAGAACGGAGGUGUUGACACAGCUUGCAGAAACAACAGAUGUGAUGUUGGCCAGGAUUGGAGAGGAGGCAGCUGCUAGUCUGAAAGAUCUCGAGUCUCAUUACUACUCUUCUGCACAGCGAACAAGUUUGCCACCAAUGGAUGAUAGUUUAGGUCAAUAG